CAUCAGCAUUUUCAGUCUGCUGUGGUCUAAAAGUGGUAAGUUAGUUACUUAAAAAACAAUGUCUAAAGAAGGUUUCAACAAAGUGGCCUUUGCUCAAAGUUUUAUGUACAGCGUUUUGGGUUCAAGGGUAAACCAGCACCUGCCAGGAUUCAGGUCACUGUGGGCAUAUCGUGGGCCACACUGCUCCAAUAACCUGCUCACCAGUUGUCCAUAUGCACCUUUUUUGUAAAAAAUGAAAGUAUUCACAUCAUUUACUUAAGCAAAAGUGAAACAACAAGUGAAAGUCCUGAAUUCAACAUACUAUUUUACAGCAAGAUAUUCUCAAAGCUUUCAAAGUUAAAGGACUGAUUGUUGAUAAUACUGAAUUAUAAUUAGUGUUGCACUGAUGUGUAAACAUACUUUUUCUGUUGUAAUUGAUUGAGGCUAAGAGAACGUCUUUAUGUUGCUGUAUAGUUUAAUCUAUGUACAUACAAUCUUAAUUAGCAAACUACUAACCACAGCUGUAAAAUAAUACUACAGUUGAUGAUUAAACGUCCUUAAUUACAUUCUACUCUUAAAAAUAUCUGAUGUUUCUGAUGCAAGCAUUGUAAAAGAUGAAUAUUGUUAUGAACUACAAGGGCGUCAGGGGGAGCUUGGCUCUUCUUAAUAAGCCAUAAGCUCCCCUAAAAAAAAAAACCCAGGUGAAAUGCUGGAAUGGUUUUUACAAGCAAGCCAAGUUGAGGGGAGUUGUGUGAAAACAGCCUCCCAUGGCCCCUUUUUGUGCAUGUUAAUGGGACCCCUUGGGCAAGUUUGACCAACACCCUUUGACCCUGACCCCACCUCCCUCAAUUUACAAUAAUAGUGGGUUUUGGCAUAAUUGUGCUUCAAAAGUUGAAACCAAAAUUAAAUUUACAAGCACAACUACAGUCAAACAGAGAUGAGGAAGUGCUGCCGUACGUAAACCUCUGUGCUUUUUUUUUUUUUGCUCACAGGGAAAUGAAACCUUAUGUGGUCACAAGAAAACGUUUCUCUUGGUCAUUUGCAGCUGCCUCAGCUCACCGCUCUGUUUCUGUCCCACUCACGAGAACACAAAGGUGCUGUAGGACUUACUGCUGACAACAAAUCCUUGGCAGGGAGGAGAGUUUAAAUGUCAAAGAUGGGGUUUGGGGAGGACCUACGGUGUCCCCAAGCACAUACAGCUGUCAUGCGGCUGCUGGACUCAGAGCUUCACCUGAUGGAGGUCAUGAAGAAGUGGAUGGGUCAGCGGGCCAAGAGUGAACGGGAGUUUUCAGUGCAGCUGCACCACAUGGCUGCCAUGGUGGAGAAGCUGGACCGGCCUCAGCUCUGUGCAGGACUGGACUACAUCAGCCAGCUCAACAAGUCGUGGGGAGUACUGGUCUCUCAGACGGACUUUCUCAGUCAGGUGAUGAAGAAGCACUCUGAGGAUCUGCUGGAUGGUCCCAUCAGCAAACUGACACUGCUCAUCAGAGACAAACAGCAGCUUCGCAAAACCUACUCAGAGCAGUGGAAUCUGCUGAGGCAGGAGCUCACCAAGGUGACCCAGACAGAGCAGGAGAGGCUGAAAAGCAGCUACAGACUGGCAGUGAGCGAUGCAGCUCAGGCUAAAAGGAAGUACCAGGAGGCCAAUAAAGAUAAAGAGCGAGACAAGGCCAAAGAGCGUUACAUAAAGGCUUUAAUGAAACUCCAUGGGCUGCAUAAUGAGUAUGUGCUGUCUGUGCGAGCAGCUCAAGUUUACCAUCAUCACCACUUCAGUCAGAUCCAGCCCGCCCUGCUCAAUGCACUGCAGACUCUGCAGCAGGAGAUGGUGCUCAUACUAAAGGAGAUCAUGCAGGAGUAUUUUGACAUCUCGACUCUCCUUCACCAUGAAGUUGUGCGGAUCCACAGGGAGAUGUCUUCUGCUCUAACAGCCAUUGAUCCUCACAAAGAGUAUGAAAGCUUCAUCCACCAGAACAGGUCUGUAGGGGAGAUUCCCGUUUGUGCAGAGUUUGAUUGCAGUCUCCUGGAGGACACUGAGCAGCUAAAACCCAGAGAAAUUGAACUGAACGACCUCACACUCGAGACAAUCCAACACAAACUAACCGCUGUAGAGGAGGAACUGCUGGUGCUGGCUCAGACUCUGGGCUCCCAGCAGGCCUCGGUCGAUCAGCUGGAGCUGGAACUGGAGGCAGAGGAGAAAGGUGUCAAGAAGGGCCAGAGGGUCUACCAGUUCAGCAAGAGACAUGCAAUGGAGGAGUGCCGGCAGCAGGUUGCUCUGUCUCAGGGUAUGAGAGCCAAGCUGGAGGUUCAGAGGCUUCUUCUGAAGGAGAAACUGGACCAGCUGGGCUCUAAAGAACCUUUCUCUGCUCUGAGCUUUGACCAAGACACCACCUCACUUUCAUCUAACACAAGCAAUGACCAGAGCCAAAGCUCACCCAAACUCCUCAUGGAUGGGAUUCUAAAUAAUCUGAGUGGCCUGUUUAAACCAAAAUGUGAGACUCUAACGGCCCUCGCCCUGGUGCAGGAGGUGGAUCGUCCUCUGGGGCAGCAGGACUGGUACCACGGAGCUAUUCCCAGACUGGAAGUCCAGCAGCUGCUGAAGAAUGACGGAGACUUCUUGGUGAGGAAGAGUCAGGAGAAGCACGGUUAUGUGCUCUCUGUGCAAUGGGAUGGAUCCUGCAAGCAUUUCCUCAUUCAGAACACUGAUAAUCUGUACCGUCUGGAUGGAGAAAGCUUCCACAGUGUCCCGCAGCUGAUCCAUCAUCUGCUAUCCUCACGACAACACAUCACCAGGAAGUCUGAUAUAAUGUUGAAGAAACCUAUACUGAAGGACAAGUGGGUCCUGGAACAUGAUGAUGUUAUCUUGGGACCCUUCAUUGGACGGGGUAACUUUGGAGAAGUGUACAGUGGUCGUUUACGCUCUGAUAACACUUGUGUAGCGGUAAAAUCUUGUAAAGAAAACCUGGCCCCAGAGCACAAGAGUAAGUUCCUGAUGGAAGCCAGGAUCUUGAAGCAGUACGAUCAUCCUAACAUUGUGAAACUGAUAGGAGUGUGCACUCAGAAACAGCCAAUAUACAUUGUCAUGGAACUCAUUAAAGGUGGUGAUUUUCUCUCCUUCUUGCGGCGUGAGAGUCACAGUCUGAAUCCUAAGAUGCUGGUCAAAAUGACAGAAAAUGUAGCAUCUGGCAUGGAGUACCUGGAGAGCAAGAAGUGUAUCCACAGGGACCUGGCAGCAAGAAACUGUUUGGUUACAGAACACAACUUAGUGAAGAUCAGUGACUUUGGGAUGUCCCGUCAGCAAGACGACGGUGUCUACUCUACGGAGGGUGGCCUCAGACAGAUCCCUGUCAAAUGGACAGCUCCUGAAGCCCUUAACUAUGGUCGCUAUACCACAGAGAGUGAUGUCUGGAGCUUUGGUGUCUUACUGUGGGAGACCUUCUCCAUGGGAAUGACGCCCUACACGAGCAUGACCAACCAGCAGACACGAGAAGAGGUGGACAAAGGAUACCGUAUGUCUGCCCCACAUGGCUGCCCCGUGGAAAUAUCCAGGAUUAUGAGCAACUGCUGGCAGUAUGAGCCCAGAAACCGACCGUCUUUCAAGAAACUUCGGGCUGAGCUCAGUGCCAUAUACAACAAAAUUAUAUAAUAACAAACCUGUUAAUUCGAUAUUUACUGUACACUGUUUUUUACUGUCUGUCUGUAACUUUGAAUCUUGACAUGUAA